AUGGGUACCAACAUGAGCAAGACAGCGCGCAAGACAACCACCUCAAGACAACUGAGCAACACUGGAAAGGGAGAUACAAUAGCAACAAAAUCUCAAACUGCAGGAGCAGGACACUCGAGCGCCGCGGCGCGUACCUUCGCUAUACCGGAGUUACUCGAGAACAUCCUCCUCAACCUCGACCCGAACGAAAUAUUGUCGACUCAGCGCGUUGACAAGACCUUCUAUGGCUUCGUCCACUACCCUCAAGAAGACUCGCAAGACCUUCGACUGGAAGAAGCUCAGGGGCAUUCUUCAAAGUGA